AUGGAAGGGAAAGAAGGAGGAAAAUCGGAAAGAAAAAGCAGAGAAAGUAAGGAGUUAUCUGAUGAGAAAGAGAAGUUGAGUGAGUGUCAGCAGUCACAGCAAAGGCCAAGAAGAAAGCCUGUCAACAGUAGACAAGCCCAAAGCUCUGCUAGUAGAAUACCACAGAGACGGUCUCCAUCAACCCAGCUCACUGGAAAGUCUCAAGCGCUGUCUGGUGACCCUGCCUCACCUGUCAACUCUCAAAAAUCAAAGUCCCUCCAUGCUAGGGUUGCAUCUCCUUCUGUGUUGACUGGCAAAGCAGUCAGUGGAGUAUCCCCAAAUUCUAGGACAUCAGCUGUAAAGAAAAAAUCUGUCAGGUCUUUGCAAAGACAAAAGCUACAAGAUAAUUAUAAGAGCUCUGCCAAGAAAGGAUCGGUAUUCCAGUCAUCUGGUCUAACAGGACAGAAUGCUCCACUGAGCACAAGUAAACUGACAAAUGACAAGAAACAGUCAAGACAGGCUACCAGUAGGUCAAAACCAGCUUUAGCCACCAUAAAAAGUCAGAGUAAGUCUAAAAAACCCCUGUCUGUCUCUGACAAGAAACACCAGGCUAAGCCAAGAACAUCAGCAAAAAAUGUUUCAUCCUCAAAGAAAAGUACAAAAAAAUCUAAGCAGUCCCAAACCACCUCUGCUAAGAAACAGUUAACUCAACCCACAAUUAAAGAAAUUUCAAAAACAUCUUCACCUAAGAGCAAAUCUCCUAAAGAAGCCCUGUCUACAACCUUCAAGAAACAGUCUUCUAAGGCGACAGCAAUAGAAACUCCACUGAAAACUCCAAAGUCAAAGAAAAGCCCAAAUAAGUCAAAGAGACAGCUGACUUCAUCUGCCAAGAAAAAGCAGAAUCAGUCCACAGCAGUUGAAAGAAGUUCAAAAACAACCUUAGCCAGACAGAAAAGUCUGAAGACACAAAAUAAUGAGCCAUUAACUACAACCAAGAGGAAGCAAAGUAAGGCAAGAGCAACAAAAGCAGCUUCCAAACCCAAAAAGCAAAGUCUAACUAAAUCUAAAAAUGUACCAUCUAAGUCAGAUAAGAAAACACUGAAUAGGGAAGUUCAAGCAGCUAAACUAGCCAAAAUAUCUCAAGCAAAAUCAAAAAAUGGAAGGAAAUCUAAAAACUCUGUUGUUGCUUCUUCUCCUAAGAAAAAGACAGCAACAACUAAAACAUCAGAAAUAAAAUCUCUUGCCUCUAAGAAAACACCAAAUAAUAAAAAAACAUCUACACCUGCCAAGAAAAAGUCGACAGCAGUGGCAACAAAAAGGAAAUCAUCUACCGGCAAAAGUAAAAUAGCAAAGAAAUCUAAAAUAUCCUCUGCUGCACCUGCCAAGGAAAAAGUUACUCAGCCUAAAAUGCAAAAGUCCAUCACUAUAGCUAAAAAUUCUUUGCCUAAAACUUCCAGGAAGCAUUCAAGUCAAACAAAGAAUGGCAGCCCUCCAGUUUCCAAAAGCUCUGUAUCCAAAAAGAGGAAUGUCAACAAAUCUCAGUCUAUAUCUGCAAAGAAACAACAGAAUAGUAGAAAUCCCAUUAAACCACCUACAGAAACAUCCCUGGCCAAAAAGAAAGUCACAAAGAAAAGCAAAAAAUCCCUGUCCACAUCCGCCAAGAAACAAUUGAAUCAGCCAACACCAAAGUCCAAACCUCCUGUAAAGGCUAGAAAACCUCUGAAAAAGACUGCACCAAAAAGACAUCUAACCAAGAAAAAUGCUCAGAAGAAAUCUAUUCCUGCCAAAAAACAAAAGAAUAAACCUAUAGUAGGUAGAGGGACUCCUAAAUCACCUUUAGUAAAAAGUAAACCCCUACAGCAAUCUAAAAAACCUGCAAUUCCACCAGGAAAUAAAAGCAAAUCCAAUAAAAGACUUCCCAAACCUAAGAAAGGCGCAAAUACUUUAAAACCCUUUGGAGAAUUAAAAAAGCCACCUCUUGCAGCAGGCAAAAUUGUAAAACAAUCUAGCAAAAAGAUAUCUGGCAAGAAAAGGGUAAAAUUAUCUAAAGCAAAAGGAUCUAAACCUGCUUCAACUAAAGGAAAAAAAUGUCCAUUUUCCCAGGAUGUACAAAGUAAACGUAAACCUUUCGAGAAAGUCUCAAAACUGUUUCUGCCACCUUUCUCCAACUCUCUUUUACCUAAUUUUAUAUCACACCCUUUUGCUGAAUUUCAGCCUCACCCAAAAAAACCUUGUCCACGACCAACUCUACAACCUAAACGUCCGAAAGGAUGUCAGAGUUCCUCCCACCACCACCACCACCACCAUCAUCCUAAUUUGCCUCAUAAACUACCUCACUAUGAAUCUCAGACUAAUGCACCAAGCGCGGGAGUCGUUACAACUGAGUCAGCUCACUUGACUAAUAAUAUCCCAAGCAAUGCAACCGCUAUUGAACUUGGGUCAAUUACUAAUUUAGCCACAACCACUGGUACUGAAUCCAAUAGUAAAACAUCUGUGUCAGUUACCUCAACUAGCACAACUGCUACUGAAAUUCAAGGAUCAGCUACAACAACCUCAAUGACUACCACCACAAUGCUAGUGACAUCAACCAUUAACUCAACAUUAAGUGCCGCAUCCACAAAGAUCGCCUCAAACGUCGAAGCUGGUGCCACAUCUCUCGUAACUUCUGCUUCCACUACUGCAUCCAAUGCCUCAGAUGAUGAAAAAAAUGCAACAAAUGUUUCCACUGUUCAGACUGUCCAGACUGCCACUAUAACUUCAAAUGUUUCAAGUACCUCUGCUGCUGCUGCCACUACUGCAAUACCUUCCACACCAACAGGAGUUUCUGUCCCUAUCAACGAUAAAACCACAUCUUCAGUCACAAGUGCCACAACCUCUACUGUUGCUUCUAACUCCACUGGACCUAGCAUUGCUGCCACAACCAACAGUGCUGCCACAGUUACACAUCCUGUGGCUUCCUCCUCCACAACUUACCCCAGUGCUUUAACCACUGGUGGAGAAAUAACCUCUCUUGAUUCUACUACAGCAGGGGAUGAAAUUACUACAGAAUUAACAGCUGACACAGAAGCUACCACAAUAGUGAUUGAAGAGACCACUGAAUCAGCAGAUGACACAACCACUGAAACUACUACUCUAAUUAAUGAGCAAACCAGUGAAUCGACUGAUACAGCUCUCAUCACAUCUCCAUAUGAUGGAGCCACCACCCCUGUACCUGAUGCUACAACCAUAGCCACAACUCCUACAGAAGCCACCACAACCCUUGGAAAUGAUGUAUCAAGGUCAGCCAGUCUGGCUACAACUCUUGAUUUUACCACCAUGCAAAUAUCUGGUAUUUCUACCACUGUUAAUUCUAAUUCUGCCUCAGCAAUAGCAUCAGGUACCACAGUUGCACCUGGCACAGCAACCACAACUAAUCUAAGUGCUACCACCACAAUGGGAGCAGAUGAAACAACUACUGAAGCAACUACUUCAGUGAAUGAGGAAACCACUGAGUCAGCAGAUGAUAAAACCUCUGAAGCUGCCGUCAGUGUAACUGGAGAUGCCUCAACUGCACCUGCAGAUGCCACAACCUCCAUAACUAGCUCUACAUCUCCUAUCUCUACAACUGCCACUUCAGUAGCUGUCACCACAAAUGCAAACUCAACUACAAACACUUCUGCUCCUAGUAGUACCACACUUUCCCCACCUGUUACUGCAACAGCCAAUCCACCUACAACUGGCAGUAGCACUACAGCGUGA